AGGCCAACUAACACAACCACAUAAAAGCUUCAAGCCUGCAAAGCUGCAAAGCAGUUGAAGAACAAGCAAGUGGGACAGCAUUGCAGAGCCAUGAGUCCUGUGACCGCAGCACUGGUGUGUGUGGCCCUAAUGGUCAGCGCAGUGACAGCUUAUGACUUAGUUGUGUCAGGAGUCUUUCAGUCUAGCGGCUUAAAGCUGAACUACACUCAAGCGCAAGAGUACUGCCGUUCCCAGAAUGCAGAAAUGGCAACGCUGGAAAACGUAACCACUGCCAAUAAAGGUGGCUUUCAGACAUGCAGGUGGGGAUGGCUGGUUGACCAGCAAGUUGUUAUUUCGCGUACAAGUUUGUCAGACAAAUGUGCAAAUGACACUGGUGUCAUCAUCAAGCGACCCUGCAGCUACGCCAGAGCAAUGAGUGCCUAUUGCUACAGACCUGUCGCUUUACAUGAGGUGUAUCAGAUUCUGUCUCCUGAGUUGAAGAUGGGUUUCACUUUUAAAGAUGCCAAGUCCAUCUGUGAGUUUCAGGGAACAACCAUGGCAACUAAGGAGCAGCUGAAGACGGCCUUACAGAAUGGGUACGAGACAUGCAGAGCUGGAUGGGUAAAUGAAAGCGAGAUAGUGAUGCCCCGGAUACACAGUGUACUCAGUUGUGCAAAAGGAGACAUAGGACUUCUACAACUCUCUGCAUCCAAUACCACCUCAUCUGUGUUCUGCUUUCAAAAAGGAUUGAUUCGUCCAAACUUUCAAUGGUUUCCCAGCAAUCAGAGCUUGAACUACACUGGUGCCCAGCUCCUUUGUUCUUCAAAUGGAUAUCAACUAGCAACAGAAGAGCAGGUCCAAAUCUUCAACGUCUCCGUUAUCAGCCCGGGCUGGACCAAAAACCAGACUGUUGUGUCAUUUUCUGGUGGAAGCUUGAGACUGGCCCCGUGCAUUAGGGAAAGCAGUGACAUCGCUGAGGCAUACUGCUACAACCAAACAGUGCCUGAUUUCACCCAAGUGCCUGACAACAAGUUGUGGCUCAAGAUCACAAUGGGUUGCAUUCUUACCACUAUCUUCCUUACUCUGCUGCUGACAGCCAUCUUCAUGAGAGGGAAUCAGUGCAUUUGCUGCCAGAAUCACAAGACUCUAACAAAAGACUCAGCCCUGCAAAGGAAUGAAGGCUUUGCCUCUGUCCCAGGAAUGUACCUCCCUAACUGGAAUACAGGAGCUUAUAGACCCCAAGAGGAGGCUAUCUACGAGAGGCCGCUACAGUCACCAUUCAUAAAGCCAUCUAUGCUCGACUAUCACACUCACUUUUUCAGUAAGCCACCUAGAAGCCAGGUGGAAGUGGGUCUGCCACUCAACACCUUUGUGGAUGUGAACCGUACGCACGGGCCUAAAACAUACGUGGCUGAAUCGCAACAUCAGUAUGACAACCUAGCCCUGGACGUGGACUCUUAAACACAAGCAGAACGUGCGGAAGACUUGUUUAUGAGUCGAGGAGCCAUUGAAGAGGCUCGGGGUGCCAGCCUUUGCUGUCAUCUCAGGGAAAACGUAGGCAUCCCCUGUAAUCACUAAUAGGCACUGGCCGUGACUGUCAUUUGUGGUUAUUUGUCAAAAGGGACAAAUACCAUGCCAGUUGCUAAUCAGAUGAUACCCAAUUGUUAAAUGUUCCACCGGCACAGAAGCAAAAUGCACUGCCCUGUGUCAUUUCUGCAGAAAAUUGAAGAUUCCUGGUGGAAAUUCUCUUGUGAGAUGACACGUCAUGUAAAUAUUGUCACAAAAGGCUUGGCACCAUCUAUGUGAAGAUAUUUAUUUAUUUAUUUUAUUGGCUUAAGUCACUGCAACCUUUCUUCUUAAAUGUUGCAGCGGCUACCUUUCUUAUGCAAUCAAGAAUAAAAUGGAAGUGAAUGUCAUGAAGGUUAAAACAUAAAGAUCACAUUGUAUAAUUGACAUUAAAGUAUUAUUAUAAUGUUAUACUUUUUUAAAACCCAAUAAAGAAUUUAUAUGGAAACAAAAA